AUGGAUGGUGGACAGAAAUUUUAUCACUAUCACUAUAUCGAGCGUGUUUUUUUCUUACUCCGCGCAUUAUUUAGUGAUAUUUCUAAUGCCGCUUACAAAAAUAAACUCAGAGCUCGAUAUAGUGAUAAUAAGCAGGCACGGGCCCAAAUUUUCCAAAAAAUUAUUACUAUAUUGCGAUUAUCACUAUAUCGAAUAUCACUAUACCAAGCUUUGACUACUUUAGAGGCUUUGAAGAUUCUAGAUACUUUAAGAACUAUAAAGAUUAUAAGAGCUAUUACAGUUAUGAGGGUUAUGAGAGGUAUGAGUAGUGUUAGGGGUAUUACAGUUAUUAGGGAUGUGGUAUUUCAGCUCCAUAUUGCUCUGACACAGUUUACCUGGCAAUAUAAUAUAAUUAUCUUAACAAUCUUUAAGAUAUUAUCUACAAUACUUGUGGUAUUUCAGAAAUACUUUGAGACUGUUGAGGUAUUUGGGAUUGUUUAUGGGUUAGUAUCUCAAUAA